AUGCUCAGAUUCCUGAAAAUGCUCGUUGGUGGUGUCUUUAGCUUGUCGGCUAUCUCUAUGGCGACGCUAUAUGCGUAUCAAAACAAGUUGGUGUAUCCCAGUUGGGCGCAAGGUGCCCGAAAUCAUGUGGAUACACCUGAUCACUAUAAUCUCCCUUUCGUUGAGCGGAAGCUUAUGACUCAAGAUGGAGUCCAGAUACGCGCGUUUGACAUUCGCAAUGAAAACUCCACGUCUACUUGGCUCAUCUUGUGCCCUAAUGCCGGAAACAUGGGCUACUUCUUGCCAGUAGUAGAGUUUAUUUACCGCCGUUUCAACUGCAGUGUGUUUAUUUACUCUUAUCGAGGCUACGGCUAUUCAGAGGGCAACCCCUCGGAGACAGGGUUGAAACUCGAUGCAGACUGCGUCAUGAGCUUUUUGCAACAGGACGAUUUUUACAAGACUCAAAAGCUCGUACUGUUUGGAAGAUCAUUGGGAGGCGCAAAUGCCAUUUAUAUUGCCCGCAAGUAUCCACACCUGUGCGAUGCGCUCAUUCUUGAAAACACUUUUUUGUCUAUCAGGAAGGUAAUACCGCAUGUUUUCCCUUUCCUCAGAUAUUUUGCCAGUUUCUGUCAUGAAGUAUGGAAUUCGGAACAGGAAAUCAAGAAGAUAGAUCCCACAUUACCUGGUCUUUUCCUCUCUGGGAGGAAAGACGAGAUCGUGCCUCCACAGCACAUGGAAAGACUUUACGCAUUAUACCCCUCAGAACACAAGUCACUCAUAGAGUUCCGACUCGGGCACCAUAAUGAUACAAUUGUUCAGGAUGGCUAUUGGGAUGCAGUUUCUCUGUUCCUCGAUAAAUAUUUAUAA